CAACUCGAAACCGAAUCAUCCCUUCCAUCCAUUCGCACUUCAGUACAGUUAGAGCUAAACUCGGAGAAUCCGGAUUAUUUAAAGAGCGCAGUCUGAUUUUAUAGACGGGAAAUGGCUUUGAGAAUCUGCAGCGGGUUUCGGCACACGCUUUCUCUCACGUCGAGCAUCUUCAGCGGUCCAUCUGCAGCUCGUCUGAAGAGUUCAUGUCCAGUUAAAAUCAGUCAUUUGGAUCAUCUGGUUCUGACGGUCCGGGAUUUAAACAAAACAACCCAUUUCUACUGCAAGGUCCUGGGAAUGGAAGUAAUCACAUUUAAGGGAGAUCGUAAAGCUUUGAGUUUCGGGAGUCAGAAGUUUAAUCUGCAUGAAGUUGGGAAGGAGUUUGAGCCGAAGGCGAGAGCCCCGAUGCCGGGCUCUGCAGAUCUUUGUCUCGUAACGAAAACGCCGCUGGAAUCAGUCGCUGCUCAUCUGCAGGACUGUGGUGUGAGUAUUGAGGAGGGACCGGUGGAGAGAACCGGAGCAGCAGGACCCAUUACCUCUCUGUACUUCAGAGAUCCGGACAACAACCUGAUCGAAGUCUCCAACUACAACCAGUGAACCAGCAGGGGGAGCCGUCAGCUCUCUGAUCCCAGAUCUGUGCUGAACAUUUAAAAACACAGCAAGUUUUUACUGUAAAUAAAAGAAAAAAGGUCAUUCUGGUCGUAUUAAAUAAACUUUUCUCCUGAAACUCA